CAUGGGAUGGCUCCUUUCCUGUGCCCACCCCUACAGUAGCUGGCGAAGUCUCGAACUCCUUUUGAUGAAGUGCAAAUAACCACCAAGCCGAAUUGUAUGAUUGUUGGCGCGGACAAUCACGGCUGCUUUCUGCGGGAAAACAGGGAAGCCGGAGGGUACCGGACGCUGCCAUGGGCUGUUGUUACAGCAGCGACAACGAGUCAGCAGACCAGGAUAACGAACGCAAGCCGCUGAUCACCCACCCGAACCCUGUCAGCAAACCCCCAAAUGGCACGGACUGGAUCACACCAACAGUACCCUCAGCCCGAACAGACGAACAGGCCCUGCUCACAUCCAUCCUCACCAAAACGGCACAGAACAUCAUUGAUGUGUCGGCAGCUGACUCCGUCAUGAUGGAACAACAUGAGUAUAUGGACAAAGCUCGGCAAUACAGCACAAAGCUUACCGUUUUGAGCAGCAGUAUGCCCCAGACGAAAGGCCUGGCUCUCCCCUCCCUCACUAGCCAGCCCCACCAAGUGCUCGCCAGUGACCUGGUGCCAUACUCGGAUGUUCAGCAGGUAUCCAAGAUAGCGGCAUAUGCCUUCAGUGCAAUCUCUCAAAUCAAAGUAGAUGCUAAAGAAGAACUAGUGGUCCAGUUUGUCAUUCCUUGAUCUGACAACUCUGGGUUGCGUAUCGCUCCUCCCAUCAUUCGAGUCUGUCCCCGUCACGCCUGCAACCAGACCCUUCACUACACCCAUUUAUGCAGUUGUCUUGUGCUUCUUGUCUCUGCCUCUAAAUGCAACGUAGACACCGACACAAACGCUCCACAAACGCAAUCUCAUCACACUGUACCAAAUCGUAGGUCAGUGAGGAGUUAUUCUGUCACCUCGCAUCUUCAAAAUUGGCUUCCCCCUGAAGCAGAGCUGAAGUCAAACUAAAAUGUUCAAGUCCUAUUAUUGAUCCUGAUAGCUGUUCUUAGUUGUAACUCAUUUCAUUUUUGUUUACAAUGAUGCAUUUUGGAUGUCCAUCUGAAGAAUUAGAUGAUAAUUGCUUUGAACCGAAUAGGAAAAACUGUUAUUGCUCAUCAUUUCGUCUUCAGGGCACAUGACUCAACACAUGAAUUUUUGUGAGGCUAAAUGACUGGCCAUUAUUUUGUCUGUUCCCACUGGCGAAGAUACAAUAGGCUUCACUACCCUGAAGUUUGAUAUGGAUGCGAAUCCCAUAAAACCUGUACAGCACUGGAGGCCUGCAGUUUGGGGGGGUGGGACAGGAGGGGGAGUUGGGAUGUGGGCUUUCAGAACAGAUGUGUAUUAUUUUUUUGCCUUUGUACAGAAUUUUCUGGCUAAUUCUAAAGCUGAAGAUGAUUGUAGAAGGUGUUUUUGUGGAAAGUUCACAAUUGGCUGUGAUCUCCGAUCAUGACAACCGUUUUUAUGAAAACCAACAACACUUUGAGGGCUGUUUGUUCGCUUUCAAGCAAAGCUUUUUGCUGCAGAUUGUAAUAUGAGUGAUUUGUUUGUAUUAAUUGAAAACUAACCAUUGUAGCGUUGUGCUGAGAGUGUAAACAAUCCAAUGUACCACAACAGAUCGAAGCAUCCAAGAACUUUGUGAGAUUAUUUAUUUUGUGUUUUUAAACAUACUGCUCUUCAGAGUCCAUGGGGGUCUUGUCGAGGAAGUCCGAACAGUGAGAUGCUCUAAAGGGAUCUUGUGCAAGGCUGUGAUUAUUCUAGCCGCACAUUUGAGCUUAUUGCAAUGGGUUCCUGGUAUUUUUUUUUUUUUGAUUCAGCUUUUGUUUUGUUUCAAUGAUAUGUAAUACUACCUGAAAUAUAUUUGUAAUAUCUUAGGCUAGUACCAAAAAAGUUUGUUUAUCAAGUCAUUAAAAACUUUCAACAGCUA